AAUAUCGUUCUCUACAUGGUGCCUAAAUCCUCGUAAUCCCAAAAAGGCUUUAUCUGGAUUUAGGCUCAUGAGAGAAAGCCUUGCUCAUUACCUUCUUGUGUUUGGUCGUGUAGGACAAAAGGGAAGGUCUGACGCCUUCAGUUCCUAGACCUUCGAAUUUUUCCACCAUGGGUAACACCAAAAGUAGUGCCCUUUCUAAAGAGAUUUUGGAGGAGUUGCAGCUGAACACCAAAUUUACCCAGGAGGAACUGUGCACCUGGUACCAGUCUUUCCUAAAGGAGUGUCCCAGUGGCAGGAUUAGCAAGAAGCAGUUCGAAAGCAUUUACUCCAAGUUCUUUCCAGACGCCGACCCAAAAGCCUAUGCCCAGCACGUCUUCAGAAGCUUUGACGCCAACAACGAUGGCACGUUGGACUUUAAGGAAUACAUGAUAGCGCUACAUAUGACCUCAUCUACCAAAGCCAACCAGAAACUAGAGUGGGCAUUCUGUUUAUACGACGUGGAUGGUAAUGGGACCAUCAACAAAAAAGAAGUGCUUGAAAUCAUUACGGCAAUAUUCAGGAUGAUUAAUAACGAAGACCACAAGCAUCUUCCAGAGGAUGAGAAUACAGCAGAGAAGAGAACAAAUAAAAUAUGGGACUACUUUGGAAAGAAAGACGAUGAUAAACUGACUGAAGGGGAAUUCAUACAAGGGAUCGUCCAGAACAAAGAAAUUUUGCGUUUAAUCCAGUACGAACCUCAAAAAGUCAAGGAAAAGCUAAAAGAGAAAAAACACUAGCUCGGAACACGCAGAAUUUUUUUUUCUGAAAGACUUGUACACCUUCACCGACGAGAGAAUCGCUGAGUCAGCCGAAAAACGGAAACUCUUCUUGUCCUUAAACUGUCUCUCCAGCGCUCGUGUCAUGUAGGAUUGCGUUGUCUGCGCUCUAAUUAGUUUAACGAAUAAUCUGCAGAUUACAUCUGCAGCCUUCUUUAUACUCUGAAGGUCACUUACAGUAAUCUUGUUGCAUUUUAAACUGAUAUCACUCUUUGUAAGGCUACUUUAAGCUAAUAAAGGUCGCUGAAGCCGCAGGAGGAAAACAAACAAAAAUGAACGCCGCAGGAGACAAAAAUAUUCAAAAAGUUUUCAUCAAGAGAAAAAAAAACAAAUGACCCCCUGAAAUUAUGUUAUUUAUUAUUAUCUGCAGGUUGGUAGGGAUGUAGUUUGUGCUGUAGGUGUUUUUGUUUUGUAAAAAUGUUAAUUGUGG